UAACGUAUUUGAUCAUGUUACGAUCAGUCUAUUCGAAGUAUAUAUGACCCAUAAUUGGAUUGAGAGGGGAGUAUGUCUCAUAAAAUUCUUCUCCACUGUGCUACUGUUUACAGUACUAGUUCAGAGUCUAACAACAUCGUCUCACGAUGAAGAUAUUAUCUCUAGCAUUCUUACUAGGAUGUUUUGUUCUCGUCAAAACACAUACAUAUCACGUGGGGCCUUGUCCCAUCGUAGAACCAAUGCAGGGAUUUCAAAUAAACAAAUUUUUAGGUACAUGGUACGUAAUUCAGAAAACUUCCACUGCUAGUAAAUGUAUUACUUAUAAUUAUACUCGUGGAGAGGAACCGGGUGAAUACAUUCUAAAACAGGAUUCCGAUCAUCCAGUAUUAAGUCUUACGUCAUUGAAGCAUGAGUACCAUUACACUGGUGAAUUGACCGUACCGAAUCCGAGUACGCCGGCUCUAAUGAAAGUUCGUUUUCCUCUUAGUGUAGCCGGAAGUGCGUCGCAUGUAGUGUUCGCCACGGAUUACAACAAUUACGCGGGUGUUUUUACAUGUCAGAAGCUGACAUUUGCUCAUCGUCAGAGUGCAACAAUCCUUUCUAGGAAUCGGGAAUUGGAUAAAACUUUUAUAGAUAAUUUACGACAAAAAUUAUCCGAUUUUGGUGUGAAUCCCUUUGAUUUGAGCAUUAUUAGUCAAAUCAAAUGUUCACAUGGUAAUAAUUCAUUAGAUAUUACGGUGGAUCCAUCGACUUUCACAAGUCAAAAUAUUGGCAAUUUAGUUCGCAAAGCUGGAGAAAAAGUAGGCGAUGGUGUCGAAUGGGUAGCUAACAUGGGAAGUAAGGUCUAUCAUAAAUUGACCGGAAGCGAAGAGAAAAUCACGAGUAAACCGGAAGAAAAUACUGAAAAAAACUUAAUGAAGCAUUAUGAAGAAACAAAUGAAGUUGAAUGGAUUCCUUAGAUUCUUGAUUUUAAAAAGUUAUUUAAUAUAUUUUGAUCAUAAGAAUUAAUGCUUUUUCUCGUUUUUUCAAUACUCAUUUUCUUGGAGAAAAUAAAUAAAUAAAUUGUUAAUGCUAUUUUCUCCUUUGAUUAGAUUUGAUAUAAUUUUAAUGAGAAUGAGAUAAGUAUGAAAUUGUAUACUAUGAUUAAAACAUGACAUGAGAACAGAUGAUUAUAUAUAUAUAUAAAUAAAAUAAUUUUUAAUUUUUUGAUAUGAAAUUAUGAAAAUAAAAUAAAUUAAUAAAAUAAAUAUGAAAAAUUAUCUUAAUUAUUUUAAAAAUAAA